AUGCAUGUUAAUGCCAUCAAAGAAGAAUUCCUAUUUUGUGAUCCCCUUUUGGAAACUACAAAGGCCAUCGACAUCUUAGAAAUGGUGAAUAGUUUCUUUUCCAAGCAAAACUUCGACUGGAAGAAAAAUCUUGGUACUCUGUGUACAGACGGAGCACCUGCGAUGCUUUACAACACAUCUGGUUUUGCUGCUUUGGUGAAGAAAGAAGCUCCUCAGGUCAUCGUGACCCAUUGUUUUCUACAUCGGCAUGCAUUGGCGUCAAAGACUCUGCCAGCAAUUCUGAAAGAAGUCUUGUCUACUGGCGUGAAAGUCGUCAACUUCAUCAGAGCCAGGGCUGUGAACCAUCGCGUUUUCAAGAGGUUUUGUCAAGAAAUGGGAGCAGAAUAUGAAGUUCUUCUCUACCACACAGUUCGCUGGCUUUCCAGAGGACAAAUCUUGAAGCGCUUGAUUGAACUUCGAGCAGAAGUUUCACUUUUUUUGAGAGAAAAAGAAAGCCGACUCUCAGAACAGUUUGACAGUGAGGAGUUCAUUCAUGGCUUGGCCUACUUGGCGGAUAUUUUUGGCCAUAUGAAUGAGGUGAAUCUUGCGAUUCAAGGCCCUGGAGUCACCAUUAUGGGUGCUGCUGAAAGACUGCAAGCUUUUCUGGCCAAGCUGCCACUGUGGAAGAGGAGGUUGGAGGCAGACAACUAUGCAAACUUUCCAAUGUUAGAGGAAGCGCUUCUGCAGGAUGGAAUCGAGAGUGACAAGGCCCUGUCAAUUUCUCUGCAGGCAGAAUUUUGCAGACAUCUGGAUACUCUGCAGAACUCUUUCAAAGGUUACUUUUGCUUAGGUGACCUUAAAGUUGAAACAUGGAUUCGUAAUCCUUUCCUUGCCGACAUAGACUGUAUCAGUGAUGAAGACCUUGCCAAAGAUGACCUCAUUGACCUGAAGACAAAGGAAAGGAUACGAAAUGAAUUCAACUCGAAGAGCCUUGGAGAAUUCUGGUGUGCGUUGACACAAGCCUACCCUCGUUUGCUACACGACAUUCUUAUUUAUAAGGAGUUGGUCUACAAAGAUAUACCUGUACUAAUUAUAGGCCUCUGCUACAGACAAACAAAAGUACGUCCCUACCCACAGAAGUCGCCACGCAAGUAUCAGAGAUCAUCACCAACCCUCCAGCUGACAACAAAUCCGCUGCCCAACGGGAUGCUCUGA